AUGGCUUAUUCUAACAAGGGUAAAAGGCCUAGCCUGAAAGUCCACAUCAACACCACGAGUGACUCCAUCUUCCUAAAGUUCCUGCGUCCAAGUCCAAACACAAAGCUUGAAGGUUUUCUCCUGGGUUACGGCAGCAACUUAUCUCCAAACCAGUACUUCCCUCUUCCCACAGAAGGGAAAUACACUGAGGCUGUAGUCGAUGCAGAGCCGAAAUAUCUGAUAGUUGUGCGACCUGCUCCCCCUCCAAGCCAAAAGAAGUCAUGCUCAGGUAAAUCUCGUCCUCGCAAACCUCUCCAGCUGGUGGUUGGCACUCUGACACCAAGCUCAGUCUUCUUGUCCUGGGGUUUCCUCAUCAAUCCACAUCACGACUGGACUUUGCCAAGCCACUGUCCCAAUGACAGAUUUUACACAAUCCGCUACAGAGAAAAGGAUAAGGAAAAGAAAUGGAUUUUUCAACUCUGUCCAGCCACGGAAACAAUUGUAGAAAAUCUGAAGCCCAACACAGUUUAUGAAUUUGGGGUAAAAGACAAUGUGGAAGGUGGAAUUUGGAGUAAGAUUUUUAAUCACAAGACUAUUAUUGGAAGUAAAAACAAAGUAAACGGGAAAAUCCAAAGUACCUAUGACCAAGUCCAUACAGUACCAGAAUAUGUUCCAAGGAAGCUAAUCCCAGUAACAAUCAUCAAACAAGUGAUUCAGAAUAUUACUCACAAGGCUUCAACUAAAUCCCCAGACAAGACUCCUUUUGGAGGAACAGUACUAGUCCACCUUAUUAUUCCAGGUCUUAAUGAAACCACUGUAAAACUUCCUACAUCUAUUAUGCUUGAGAUUUCAGAUGCACUCAAGGCACAAUUAGCGAAGAAUGAAACCUUGGCAUUACCUGCUGAAUCUAAAACACCAGAGGCUGAAAAAGUCCCUGCACAGCCCAUAACAGUGACUCCUGAAACAGUUCCAAGAAGCACUAAACCUACUGUGUCUAGUGCAUUAGACAUUUCAGAAACAACACUAGUUCUCAGUGGAAGGACCCAGGAAACAUCACAAACUAUCCUAAUACCUAAGUUCGAAUUGCCACUGAGUACUCUAGCUCCAAAAAGGCUUCCAGAGUUUCCUGAGGCAAAAACAACCUUCCCUGUUGAGAAACCUGGGGGUACCUUGGCUUCAAGUGGAAAGCCAAAGAUGGUACCUACAGCUAAAGCAUCUGAAGAUUCCAGGAUUGUGCAGCCUCAAACUGCAAUUUAUGAUGUUUUCUCAAGCUCUACAACUUCAGAUGAGCCUGAAAUAGAGUCCCACACAGCAACAAGUGAUCCUAUUCUGGAAUCUGUCCCACCUAAAACUUCUAGAACUCUUGAACAGCCAAGGGAAACACUGGCUCCAAGUGAAAUACCAUUUUCUCCUCUAAAAGUGGAAACCUUUACCAGUCCUGAAAUGCAACCUACAACAUCUGCUCCCCAGCAAACUACAUCUGUCCUUUCUACACCUAAACGACGUCCCAGACCCAAGCCAUCAAGAACUAAACCUGCCCCAGAACCUCAGUCCCUUCUGCCAGCACAGUCAACGAAAGCUCCACCAAAGACCAUAAGACCAGGUCGUCGCCCCCGCCCUAAAACUACACGUAGUCCAGAAGUGCCCAAGUCCAAACCUGCUCUGGAACCUACCACAGUACAAAUGGAGCUCUUGGUACCCACAAUUGCACCCAAACCAUCCAAGACACCUCAAAUCACAGAUGUACCCCAAAUCCAGCCUGAUUUAAAACCACCAAAGCAAUUACUUCCUAAAUCCAAAGCCACAGCAAAACCAGACUUGCUACCAACUAAACCUGUUUUUGAGCCUGUUACAUUCAAGACUGACGCUCCCUCCAUAAACAUAGUUCCUACCACAGACACUGAACCUGUAAUUCUGAGAACCAAGGCUCCAGUGACAUUAGCUCCAAAAAUAACACAAAGAACAAGAACUCGUCGUCCACGUCCUAAACAAAAAACUACUCUGAGCCCAAAGAUACCUCACACUGAACCAGACUUUAGACCUGUUACUCCGGGGCCACCUUUAGCUCCAACAACCAAAAGAUCCCGUCGUCCACGUCCCAAACCUAAAACCACAUCCCAUCCAGAAGUACCUCACACAAUGCUGGCUCUCAAAGUGUCUCAACAACCAGAUCGUCCACAUCCCAAACCUAAAACCACACGGAGUCCUGAAGUACCCCAGACAGAACUGGUUCUUACUACGGUCUUUGAACCAGUGACUCCUAUAAAAGAGGCUCCAGGGACAUCAUUUGUUUCUGUUACAGAUCUUGAAACUGUUACAGACUUUGAGCCUGUUACAACCCUUGAACCUGUUACUCUUAGGACUGAGACCUCUGGGGCAACAUUAGCUACCAAAACACCUCAAAGAACCCGUCGUCCACGACCCAGACCCAAAACCACACCAAGCCCUCAAGCACCUAAGACCAAACCUGUACCUGCGACAGUCCUUGAACCUGUUACUCUUAGACCUGAGGCUCCAGGAACAACAUUAGCUACCCAAACAUCACAACAGAUACGUCAUCCAUAUCCCAGACCAAAGCCCAUACCAGGUCCUGAAGCUGAGUCCAAACCAGUUCCCACAAGACAGCUGGAAUCUGUGACACUCAGAACUGAGACCUGGGUGACAACACAAGCUCCUAAAACAUCAAAACGGACCCGUCGUCCGCGUCCCAAACCUAAAACCACACCAACUCCUGAAGCUCCUCAAACCAAACUGGUUCCUGCUACAAAUCUUGAACCUGGUGUCCUUAGAACUGAAGCUCCAGAAAUCGUGGUUCUUGCUACAGUACUUGAACCUGUCACUGUUAGAACCAAGGCUCCAGAAACAACAUUAGCUCCUAAAAGACAAAGAACACGUCGUCCACGUCCCAGACCUAAAACCACAGCAAGUACUGGAGUAUCCCAGACUAAAUCGGCUCCUGUUCCAGACUUUGAACCUGAUUUUCAUAGUAUUCAGUCUCCAGGAACAACAUUAGCUCCCACUGAACUGAAAACUCUUCUUUUGAAACCAGUGACAUCACCAAGCCUAGAUAUCACACAAAGUCAACCUGUUUCUGAUGUUCUGGAAUCGGUUACAUUUAGCAUGGGGUCAUCAAAGGAGACAAUAGCACCAACUGAGAGAUAUUAUGUAUAUCCCACUACCAAAGCACCUCUCAGGCCAGAGGAUCCAACAACUGAGGAUGUUGUGGAAUCUAUUACAUAUGUGUCUGAACCUCCUGAGACUUCGCUAGAAACAACACCUCUGCCUUCCCAAACUAUAAUCCUACCCAGUCCAGAUGAGCCUCAGACUGAACCUGCUCCCAGGCAGACACCACGUGCUCCUCCCAAGCCAAAAACAUCAUCACACCCAAGAAUCCCACAAACUCAACCAGUUCCAAAGGGGUCCCAGCAAGCUACUUCAAAACCAAAAAUGUCACCAAGUCCAGAAGUGUCAUACCCUGUACCUGUUCCAAAGGAUGUGUUCCUUCCGCAUAAACCAGACCCCGAGGUCUCUCAGAGUGAACCUGUUCUGCAACCUGUUACCUUUAGAAUUGAGCCACCAAAGACAACAAUAGCUCCUUUAGAGACACGAGGUAUCCCUUUUAUACCUAUUAUUUCACCGAGUCCUAGCGAAGAAGAACUACAAACCAUCCUGGAAGAAACAGACCAAUCCACCCAAGGGCUCUUCACAACUAAGAUUCCACGAACGACUGACUUGGCAAAGACAACGCAGGCAACACACAGACAAUACACUACUCCUGCGAGGCCCAGGAUACCUGAAAAACCACAUUUCAGACCUGUUUUGAACAGGACAACUACAAGACUGAUUAGACCCAAACCCAGUGGAAUACCCAAUGGGAAUGGAGUUAGAACAGGAGUCAAGCAAGCACCCAAGCCAUCGGGUAGUGGUAGAAAUGUGUCAGUGGAUUCUACCCAUGCCACAAAAAAAACAGUGACAAUCCCAGGGAGUCGCCGCCCUCCUCUGCCACCUAGACCUAUACCCCCACGAAGAAAACCUCUACCACCAAAUAAUGUCACUGGAAAGCCAGGAAGUGGAGGAAUCAUUUCAUCAGACUGGGUAACUUCCCCACCCCUGAGGGCAACACUCAAACCUAUUGGAACCCCCUCGGAGGGACCAGAGAUAGAUAAAAAGCAGCCAACAGUCCCUGCCUCUGGAGAAGAGCUUGGUAAUACAACUGAUUUUAGCUCGAGUCCAACAAGGGAAACUGAUCAUCUUGGGAAACCCAGAUUCAAAGGUCCUCAUGUGCGAUAUAUUCCCAAACCUGACAACAAGCCCUGCUCUAUCACUGACUCUGUCAAACGGUUCCCAACCGAGGAAGCCACAGAGGGGAAUGCCACCAGCCCACCACAGAACCCACCCACCAACCUCACUGUGGUCACGGUGGAAGGGUGCCCCUCAUUUGUCAUCUUGGACUGGGAGAAGCCACUAAAUGACACUGUCACAGAAUAUGAAGUUAUAUCCAGAGAAAAUGGGUCAUUCAGUGGGAAGAAUAAGUCCAUUCAAAUUACAAAUCAAACCUUUUCCACAGUGGAAAAUCUGAAACCAGACACAAGCUAUGAAUUCCAGGUGAAACCCAAAAACCCACUUGGUGAGGGCCCAGUCAGCAAUACAGUGGCAUUCAGUACUGAAUCAGCUGAUCCAAGAGUGAGUGAGCCAGUUUCUGCAGGAAGAGAUGCCAUCUGGACUGAAAGACCCUUUAAUUCAGACUCUUAUUCAGAAUGUAAGGGUAAACAGUAUGUCAAAAGGACCUGGUAUAAAAAAUUUGUAGGAGUGCAACUCUGCAACUCUCUCAGAUACAAGAUUUAUUUGAGUGAUUCCCUCACAGGAAAAUUUUAUAACAUAGGCGAUCAGAGGGGCCAUGGAGAAGAUCACUGCCAGUUUGUGGAUUCAUUUUUAGAUGGCCGCACAGGACAGCAACUCACUUCUGACCAAUUACCCACCAAAGAAGGCUAUUUCAGAGCAGUUCGCCAGGAACCUGUCCAAUUUGGAGAAAUAGGUGGUCACACCCAGAUCAAUUAUGUCCAGUGGUAUGAAUGUGGGACCACAAUUCCUGGAAAAUGGUAGAUGCUGUAAUCAUGCUCCAAAGUACUUCUGGCAAAAAAAAAAAAAAGGAUUGGAAAUACUAUGUUGUCACAUUCAUUCAAAGGUAUUUUGUUUACUGUGUAUAAAAAUCUGCAAUCUAAUUAAUAGUAUUAGAUGUUAAUUAGAAAAGAUUGCUGAAAAUAUUUAUCAGGUUUUAGUCAUUUUAAGAA